AUGACACAAUGCAUGUGGAAAAAAAAAUUAGCAAUUCUUGAAGAUAAUGCAUCAAAGCUAAUCAGAUACAUUAUCGAGACAUCUCAAAUAAAAAGUCAAAUUGUCUUGCUUAGGAAAUAUCUUUUUGACUUACGCAAAUUCCUCUUCAUCAUGGACUACCGAAAACCUCAUAGAAGAAAUCAGUUUGCAGAUAAGUAUUUUGAUAUUGAAACUUGGUCAAUGAUAGAAAGUUUUAUGCAGAAGCAUAAUUUACAAAAUCCGCAAGAAGUGUGGUUACAGAACGUCCGAGAAAUAAUUGAUUCUCCCCAUGAAGACUUCAAAGACAAUACGCGAAUAUUCUCAGUAGAUAAGACGGAUUAUGGGCUGCGCAUGAUUGGUUGGUUCGUCGCAAUUUGGCAAGCUGGUGAUAAUGAUGAAUUUAUAAUGACCAAUAAUUCGUUUGGAAUUUUUGAAGCUCUAGUGCUUUGUGAUUGUGGAUUUAAAAAAGAGAUUGGGUUUGACGCUUUAGAUAAAAUUUUUGGAUCUAAACAUCGAACGCUUUUUCAAAAUGUUCCUCAUCCACCACCAAUUACGGAAUAUGCUGACCUCAAAGAUGGUAAAGUAAAUCUAAACAAUAAUGAUAAAUUCACCAUUACCUUUAUUAAAGUCAAUUCAGCCGCUGUUCACCUCGUAAACUCCAUUGUGCUUAAUGAAUCUAAACCAUACCUACAAGUUUCUUUCCUUUCUCUUUCAUACCUUUAUAAGACGAUUGUUAAAUACAAUAAAAAUGUCAAGGAAAUUGAUAAAUUUAAACCAAAGGACUUCUCGAAUAUGAAAAAGACUUUAUUCAUGAGGAGUUGA